CUUGCGGAGCAGUGGAGAGUGUGUGUGGGCCGACGCGGGGCCUGUGUGCAGCGGGAAGCGGGGCGGGCGCCACCGGCUGCAGCAGCGGGCGCCGAGCGUGGGGCAGGAACGCCACUGGGUCGGCGGGAGGCGGCUCUGCCUUGAGGUGUUAGAGAAGCCAGACCGUCCCUUCCAGGCUGCACAGCUACGCCCUCGCCUUGGGGGAAACCAGGAUUGCUUAUAGAUCUAUUUCAAACGCCCCUUUUAUUUAAAAGAAAGCCUCAAAUUGCCUCCACGCGCUCGCAUUUUCGCACGCAUGUUUGCUCAUCUCUCCUGAAAAAAAUACUCGCCCCCCCUCUCAAAAUUGGAUUUGGUGAGGACGCUGGACUAUGUGAUUCCUUUCCCCUCCUCCGUUUACCCCGAAGCAAGGAGGGAGUUGUUAAAAGCAUUUCUUUUGCUCCCUCUUGAGGGGAGUGGUUUUCCUUGAGGAAACCGUCGAGAAAGUUUCUUCCUUGGUUUUUGUGCGUCUGAUGGGCGGCUAAACCUUUUUUUUUCUUUUUUUGGGAUGCUCUGCCAUACUAUUUAUUGAGGAAGGGGAGAGAAGCUGACAAAGAGGGAUCCCAGAGAUCGCUCGUCUGCCUGUUGGCCACAAUGUACAAUACGGUGUGGGAUAUGGAUCGCGAUGACACGGAUUGGAGGGAGGUGAUGAUGCCCUAUUCCACCGAGUUGAUAUUUUAUAUCGAAAUGGAUCCUCCAGCUCUUCCCCCAAAGCCCUCCAAACCAAUGACUCCAGUGAAUACAAGUGGCAUAAAGGAGAAUUGUAGUUCAUCACUACAGGAUGCAGAAUGGUAUUGGGGAGACAUUUCAAGGGAAGAAGUAAAUGACAAACUGCGAGAUAUGCCAGAUGGAACAUUCCUGGUGCGAGAUGCAUCAACAAAGAAGCAAGGAGACUAUACCCUGACUUUGCGAAAGGGUGGCAACAAUAAAUUGAUAAAAAUUUACCAUCGAGAUGGAAAAUACGGUUUUUCUGAUCCACUGACAUUUAGUUCCGUUGUGGAGCUGAUCAACCAUUAUCACCAUGAGUCUCUUGCCCAGUAUAACCCUAAGCUUGAUGUAAAGCUGAUGUAUCCUGUAUCCAGAUACCAACAGGACCAGUUGGUAAAAGAAGAUAAUAUUGAUGCUGUGGGCAAAAAGCUCCAGGAAUACCAUGCUCAAUAUCAAGAGAAAAGUAAAGAGUAUGAUAGGUUAUAUGAAGAAUAUACAAGAACAUCACAGGAAAUCCAGAUGAAGAGAACAGCAGUUGAAGCUUUUAAUGAAACGAUUAAAAUAUUUGAAGAGCAGUGUCACACCCAAGAACGGUAUAGCAAAGAAUACAUUGAAAGAUUCCGAAGAGAAGGGAAUGAGAAGGAAAUUGAACGUAUUAUGAUGAAUUAUGAAAAAUUGAAAUCACGUCUGGGUGAGAUCCAUGAUAGCAAGCUGCGAUUGGAACAGGAUUUGAAGAAGCAAGCCCUGGACAACCGGGAAAUUGACAAGAAAAUGAACAGUAUCAAACCUGAUCUUAUCCAACUGCGGAAAAUCAGAGAUCAGUAUCUUGUCUGGCUUAAUCACAAAGGAGUGAGGCAGAAGCGAAUAAAUGACUGGCUGGGAAUCAAAAAUGAAAAUAUUGAUGAUACAUAUUUCACGAAUGAGGAGGAUGAAAAUCUGCCACAUUUUGAUGAAAAGACUUGGUUUGUUGGAGAUCUCAAUCGUAUUCAAGCAGAAGAUUUGCUUGGUGGGAAACCUGAUGGAGCGUUCUUAAUUCGUGAAAGUAGCAAGAAAGGCUGUUAUGCUUGUUCUGUGGUAGCCGAUGGGGAAGUUAAACACUGUGUGAUCUACAGCACUCCAAGAGGUUAUGGGUUUGCAGAGCCAUAUAACCUGUACAGCUCCCUUAAAGAAUUAGUCCUUCAUUACCAGCAUACCUCCCUCGUCCAACACAACGACUCCCUCAAUGUCAGGCUUGCUUACCCUGUCUAUGCACAGAUGCCCUCCCUCUGUAGAUAAACUCUGGGGAGGUGAAGUAUAGGGAGAAGUGUUGGCUUCUCAGAUUUUUUUCUCUACAGUUUUUAUUAGAACUCAGAGGGCAUUCUUUCUCCUUAGACUGCUUGUUUUGCACAGGAAGUGAUUUGAUGAAUGUGAAUCAGAGACUUAGCAGCAACAAGGUAUCAGCUUUGGGAUAGGUGCCCCGGUGCUACCUGAAGAUCAGCUGUGUUUUUAUAUAUGGAGACUCUUGUUUUCCUUGUAGAGAACCAGUAAACUCUCUAAAGAGGCACACAAAAAACCUAGAGCAAAACCAUGGAGAGAGACAUUUUGCCAGGCACCGGCAGCGGAACUUCUACUUGGAUUUUGAUUGUCUGAGGUAUUGGUAACGUCUUUCAGUCUUAAACUCCAAGAAAAUGGGGGAAUAAUCUCUGCUACAGAAACUUUUUUUUCUCCCUGUUAAUUUUAGCAGCUUUGCUGCAAAUUAGACAAACUUACAAAUGAGGGCUUAUCUUGAUGUAGCAUGGGAUUUGGUGAGAGGAGACCAAAGGAAUUAUGGGGAGAGUUUCAGGUUCUUAUUUAAAAGAAAAUCCUCAAAGAAAUGUUGCUUUAUAUUUUACCAACAAUAACCAAGUUUUGGUUUCAACAGCACUGCAGGUCUUCACGUUAAAGAAACCAAACUGAAGCCACCAAAACUUCGCUCAUUGCUGGACUGAGCACUUCUGGGGAAAGAUUGCAUUUGCACCCGCACACUUGCCAAAACUUGAAGAGAAAAAUGAUAAAAGCUAAAACUUUCUGAUGUACUUCUCAAAACUCUGACCUGAUCUGAUGUAACUGCACCACUUCCCCCUUGUUACUUUUUUAAAAAAAAACAUUUUAUUUCUUCCAAGGAUGUCAGAUAAUUUUAUUCUUAAAAUACACUAAGCUUUGGAAUGUAAACCAGAAUGAAGCUGGCAUUUGGCAUGUUUGUAAGAUGCUAAACAAUGAAAUACUCUGAAACUUGUUUCUUUUGGGGAGAAAAGUGCAAUGGGAUUUUUUUUUCUCAAUGGCUUGCUAAACCAAAAACUAUGGGUGCAGUCUACAUACCAUUGAUAGUAAUGCAUUUGGAUUGCAUCCUAAAUUACUAAUUCCAUUGCACAGGUUGUAUACUUUCCCUUAGAAUUCAUUGUGGGCCUACCAUAAAAGCAGAUAUUUGGGUAGCUGAAUUCAGUGGAACUAUACAAGAUAUAGAGUAUCAGUGCAUAAACAGCUUUUCUUGAUGUUCUGCCAUGGUCAGAUUCAUCUGGAUUAUAUGUAGCAUUUGUAUCAAAAUUAUAGCAAAUAGUGACAACUGGAUACUCAAGACUGUGAGAACUUAUGUGCUCGAAAAAAUGCUGUAUUUGACUUUUUUGUCACUGCGUUAUGCCCUUGAUUCUUUAUUGCCAUUUCUGAAUAUUAUACUUGAGCUAGGACACUUGUUAGGCAGCAAGGAAAAAUAGAUUCAGCAAUUGGUCUUUCUUUUUUUUCUGUGUAGUAUUUGAAGUGAAUGCCAGGGAGUUGGGACAUCUGGAUUUUUUCUGGCUGCACCCCAACUUCAGUGCCACCUUGAACCCCCUGACUGUUAGACUAUAAUGUUUACACAAAGCAGAAUGCACUAUAAAGGAGCAUUGAAGUAUUAUGCAGAAUAUGAAAUUGCUGAACAGGAAAAUGAUAAAUCUUGAGCACUAAUCAGCAGCUGGAGGGGCCAAACUAGAUUGCUUGAUGUGUCCCAAAAGCACUUCUGUUUUGCACUACUCUACUGCCACUUAAGCUAAGUGCUGGCUAACCAGCUGGAACAUCAUCAUCUAAAAAUGGAAUGGUGGUUGUCCAAAAAAAGCUAUCCUGUAAUCAUUUUAAAUUGGUGAGAGGAUAAUAACCUGAUGUACCUCUUCAACCUCCCCACCUCCACCCCCCACACUUCUCCAUCACCAGCAUAUAUACAUCUUCUAUUAAGUGUGGCUCUGGAUUCUGCCAGUCUUCAGAAAGAGAAAAUCUGUCUCUUCUUUUGGUGCCUGACCUACUGCACAUUUUAAUCUAGUUAACUGUAUGUUUAACAGCAUAAAAUCCAACAUGGGCUACAGAUGUCUUUUGUGACUCUCUCAAAAUUUGUGGAGCCUUGCUACCAAUUAUAAGUCUUGAUUAUUUUCAAUUCUGCUAGAGGCAUUAAAACUAAACAAUGAAAUGAAUUUAAUUGAAAACAUAGCACAGAUGUUAGAGACAACCUGCAUCACUGAUCUGUGUUAGCCCAUGUAAAAUCUCUAGCUUCUAUUUUUGAUUUGACUGUCUCUUCAUACUUAACGUUCAUUUUUAAAUUUCAUAUUGUAAAUCUUUCUGCUAAUUUUCUGUAACAAAAAUCUAUCCAAGAGUAAUUUUGAUGCCCUUCCCAUUAAAUUCUACAUUUUCUACAUUUUGUAACACAUUUCAUUCAGGACUGUAUGAAAACGAGACCAAGAUAUCUGAUUUUCUUUUGGAUUGCCUCUCUUUGCAUUUGGUUAGGUAAGUAACCAAAUGCAAAUAAGUACUAGCUGUCAUUGUGUCUAUCUGAUUUUCAUAUGCCUUUUUAUUAGACUUUUUUAAAAACUUGACUAGCAAAAUGGCUGGAAGCCAGCUGAAAUAUGUAGCAAGUAUGUUCUACUACAUUCCUUACCCAGCAUUCAUCAACUUCAUGACUUUUGCUUUUGCCUGUAGUAAUUGUUACAUGAGUGAAACUUAACUGACAUCAGGUGGCAGCGUUCCCAAUUUUUAUAGUUUAAAUCACCUUUGAUUUUCGUUUAAUAGCAUACCCUCCCUUUUUUAUGAGCUAAAACAAAGGCUUAAGAGAAAAUGGCAGAAGUGGAAAUAUAUGGAUGUGUAUGGUCUUCUAAGAGCAGAAAAGUUAUGUGGCUUUUUAAAAAGCUGAUGUGCUAGGCUUCCUUCAAUCUGCUUUUUCUCCCCUUGAUAGCAGCAGGAUUAGUAUUGAUCUCAGCGACCCAUUUCUGUAGAGUUUUUGUUCUGCACAGUGUUAAACAGUAAACAGGGUGGAGAGAAAGUGUUUUCUAAUACUCAGUUUAUCUAAUAUGUUUUUGUAGGGACUAGAGAUAAUUCAGUAUUUUGCUUCCUCGCAAGUGGGGAAACUGCAUCUCUUUCUGCAGUUACAAUGAUUGUGAUGUGUGAUAGAUCAGCGAAAAAUGAAAAGUGAUUGAACUGCCAGUACUUCUGUUGAAGUCAUUGAACUUGCCAGUCACACUUCUUAAGAACAAAUAGACAUGUUAAUGAAGUUUCAGGAAGAUAAGUUUAAUGCUACAACUGAAGGCAUAGCAUCGUUUCUUCUCUGCACUCAUAUUAUACCAAGCAGAAUUUGAAUCAACUGCUUAACAAAUCAGCAUCAAUGGAUUCUUGUAUAGUUUAGGUCCAUGAGCCAAAGAACUAUUGUACAUUGUUAAUGUACACGUUGGAGCUUCUCUUCCUUCUAGCAGCAGCUCCUUCCACUGAAUGAAAAACCACUUCUGAAACACCUCCAAAUUUUAAAAAGUGAUUGGUCGAGCACUGCAGGACUGCUGUUAGUGAGAAGCAAACUUGGUAUAUAUAUGGAGCCAUACAAACCUCAAGAUCUUGGCUUAAAAUGUUGGCUUACCCAGAUUUAAACCUGCAACUCCACCCACCAAAUCCAGCUACAAAGAACUAGCAUAUAAAAUUAUUCCAAUCAACUCAAAUGUUUUUUACUGAAAGCUGUUUGAAUAAAACAAAAUACACAUGACAGCAACGCCUAUCUGUGCAUGCCCUAUGUAAAAGAUUAGGACAAUUCUUUGGCUUUUCUUUAAAAACAAGUAGGCAGACCAUAGAAGAAAAGUUGGCCCCAUUCAGUGCUAUGUCAAGGAUGUCUUGGUUUUGUAGUUAUACCAUCACUUGUUCGCUAUACAAAACCAUGACCAUACGUCAGUGACUUAAUGGUGUGGCUAAUUUUCCUGUUUUGCUAUCAUAUUUCCAAUUCUAAAAAAACCUUUUUUGUUACUUGAACAACUUUUUUUCUGUUUGAAUGUCAUCUCCUCUUCACACUAAUAGGAAAAAAAAAGAUCAGAAGUGUUAGUGAAUAUCGUAUGUAUGGAGACGUAAGGCAGAACUUUAUUGUGAGAAACUUCUGGAAGCAGAUCUGGGAAAGCACUAUAGGGUCUGUUCAAGGUUUUGUUUUAUGUUCUAACUUUAUUGUUGUACCAAUAUUUUUGUUAAAAUGAAUCUAUAAAUAUUUCCUUUAUGCCUAGUGAAAUUUCAGAAGACUGUACAUCCAAUUAUGUGUUUUGAUUUUGGGUUUUUAUGGGUUCUUGCCCAUUGAGACAUUUGCAGUUUGAAACAAAAAGAUUUCCAGUUUGGGUUUCUUGAAUCCUCUCCAUUUAAAAAAAAUUGUAUUCUUAAAACAAGUUUUAAGGAAUGUUUAGGCUAUAGGAGGUUGAAUUAAAAUUUAAAACAUAGACAAUAGUGACUUGUAGCCCUAGCAGCCACAUGCAGAUAGAGUGUCAGAUGGAGUCCCUCCUGCUGCUUCUACCAGCAGUCACCACCUUACUCUUGCUGUUUGGAUUCCUAUCUGCUCAAGAAUCUCAGGGACAUUCAAAUGCUCCCUGCCUCCCAUGACUUCUCUGCCCCCCCAUGAGUUGAGAGCAUCUCCUGUUACUAAAGCAACAGAGUGAUUCUCCUUGGUUUGUUGAAGUGGGCAGAAAUGUGGGGCACAUACCCAUCAUCCAAGUCAUCAGAUUAAUUCCUGCCAUCAGACAUCUGCUGUUACAGCAACUGGGGCAGCAUUUUCCACCCCACCGCAUCCUAGUGGCUAUACUUCUUCAGUCUGGUUAAAAUGUCUUGCCCAAGCCAGCCGUUGCUUCCAGGCCCCGCUUCAUUAGCCCUCUACCUGCUGUCAUUCCAAGGAAGGCCAGGCAGCACGGAGUAACAGCAACCACCCAUUUAUUUGUGCCAUGGAGGGGGUGAGUGUAUUGUGACAGGAGGCCAGCCAAAUUUCUUUAGCAAGGUAUCUUGCUAAGGUGACUUGCAGAAACUUGAACUGCCACUGUGUGGGUCCCGUCAUGCAAUUCAGCUAUUGCAUGGGUCAGCCACCAUGAGAGGCAGUUUUAUGUGCACCUGCUUGUCAUGUAGAUUAGAUCCCACCGUAUGACUUGUCUCCAUGUUGACAUGAGCCACUGGUGAGGAAUGUUUCAUAUUGGUGGUAUGGCACGUCAUAAAAAACACCGUCAGCUAUGUCAUGUAAAGCUAUCUUUAAGUUUACGGAAUGUGUCUCUUCCUCACAUAAAAGAAACAUACAAGCAUAUGUCCUUUUUAGGCUCAUUUUGUCCAAGACAGAGAAAUUCCAGUGAAGAGCAACAAAAAAAAGUUUCGGAAGUAUUACUGUUAAUGACGGUGGUAGAAAUAAAUUUGGCUAAAUGUUAACAAAACGAGACAGUUUUGCAAUUCUAACCUACAAGCAGAAAUCGUUGGGAGGGAAUUCUUGGAAAACUUGUGUUCCUGUUUUGUUUUAAAGGACAUGUGAGGAUCAAUAAUCACACUCUUUUUUUUAAAGACAGUAAAAUGUUUCAAGCACUGGUAUUCUGGGCUAGAUCCAUAGUUUAAAUGUAGAUUUUCUGUUAGUCAGCAUCCUUUGGCAGUAUGCCAUGUUCCUUUCUUAUGCUAAUGCAGAUAUUCCUGGUGGCUUGGAAUUUAACUUGAAGAGCUCUAUGCAGUGAAUGGCACAGAGGCAUCUCUGGAUUGAUCAGAGAGCUAGUCUUACUGAUCCAAUGAGUAUUGCAUGUAGCAGUGUCUCUGGUUUAAAGUCCACUCUGGUAUUUCACACUGCUUGGCAUCAUGCUAUGCUUAUAUCUAUGGGAACAUUGCACUUUCUCAGUCAGCACCUAAUGUCACUUCUAAAAAUGAAUUUAAAAAGUUAGCAGAGGGUUGUAGUACCUACAGAGAAAUAACUAUCAAACCUUUUUGGAGUGUCCCUGUACCUCUCUCCCCUUUCUUUAUAAGUCUCUUGCUUUCAGUGAAGGUGCACUCUCCCUUAUGCCAGCCAGCUGUGCAAAUAAAUCUGUGUGUUGUCUUUUGAAGUACAGAGUGUUUGGUCUUGGGGUGCGUGACUACAAAGAAAUUAGACUCAAUCUGUUAAUUUUGUAAGUUUUGCCAGUUUACAGCACUAGGAGAUUGUACUGGUCUGCAACCUAUCCGUGUGUAUGUAUAUGUACUGUAUGUAUAUAGAUAUAUGGAAAAUUAAUUCACAUACACAUCUAUAUGCAUUAGCCCUAAUUGGCACUGCCCCUCUUAAAGUCCAAAUUCACCUUUUGCACUUGCAGUACAUGCCCCACAGUUUGAAAACUGGGAUUGUUUCCCCCGUCUCAAAAAUGCGGGGUUCAUCAUCACUAAUAGUCUUGAUGUACUUUUAAAAUUCUAAGGGUUUUUUUUAGCUUUUUACUUAUUUGCUCCACAAUAAAGCAUUAGUUUAUUUUAAACUGUUGUUACAUUUUAAAAGAAGCCAAUUUCACUUCGAGAUACACUAGUUGCACAUUUUUCAAUAAGUGAAAAUCCCUUAUAGAAAUAAUGUGCAAAGGAGAGCAGUAGCAUUAAUCACUGUGUCUGGACUCAUUUUUUAUAUAUAAAAUAUUUGUAUUCAUGUAAGAAUGAGUGGGCUUCCUCAUCUUAUAUUGAGGUAUGCCAGGACUGUGCACUCCUUUGUACAUCCUGCACAUGAGCAUCACAUUUUUGAGAUUUGGUUCUGAAGAAGCAAUUGGGAUUUUUGUUUUGUUUUGUUCUUUUAAUAUGAAUUCCAGCAUGUAACUUUGAUAGUCUUGUUGGUAUGUAAAACCUGUUCUGUCAUUUUAUGGUGUAGUCAGAUUCAUGUAGUUUAACUUUUAAAAAGAAACUGCUUCAUGAGGAAAACAGUUAUAUGUUAGUCAUAUCGUAGUUUCUAGAUGAGUAAUGCAUCAUUGUACCUGUCACCAGAUGUGCUAUGAUCUUACUGUAUGUUUCUAUUUUUUAAAAUAGAUGGUUGAGCUUUGGAGUCCCAAACACUAAGCAUUCUGGCCUACUUUGCUUUAGAAUAAAAAUGCAAUAAAGGAUUGCAAUAAAGCACAUUUACAUUUAAUGUUUUAGAAGGAUGUAUGGACAGCUGUUUCUAAUAAAUGCAGAAAUGCAGCCUAGCUGGUA